AUGAAGUCUAGUCUCAUUUACUUAGCUCUUGUACUUUGUUUUGGUCAAGUUUCGUUGCGAGUUUUGAUCGAUUCUUUUUCAGACAAAUCAUCACAGAUACACGCUGUUCUGGUUGGUGGUGGUGCAGGAGUAGCCACAGACUACAAUGAUCAAGCCAACAUUUGCCAUGCCUAUCAUGUUCUAAUCAAUCACGGUGUUCUUCCUGAAAAUAUCGUUCUCAUGAUAUAUGAUGAUGUUGCCUAUGCUCCUGAAAAUCCGUUUCCAGGUAAACUUUUCAACCAACCCAAUGGUACUGAUGUUUAUGCUGGAUGCAUUAAAGACUAUACUGGCAAUGAUGUCAAUCCAGAGACUUUCAUGAAGGUCUUGAAGGGCGACAAGGAGCUUGCCUAG